AGUUCCUUCUCCCAACACAUUGACCCCGCUGGAGGAUCCUGCAUAAACUACACUCCUGCAAAACUUCUGCAUUGGCAUUUUCAGGGCGGAUGGUAAACGUACCAAAAUCUCGCUUCAACCUGCACCAGCACCAUCCAGCACUUCACAGCUAAGUUUGAUUUAUUUUAGCUUGGUAGCCCAGGUGGACCUCGGGCUUUUUACCACGUCGUUAAAGGUCAGCGAAAAAUCCCAAAAACAUGAGUGGAGUACGCUCCGGCAGUGUUGCGUGUGAUGGGGAAUGGCGCUCGCAGAUCGCCGAGAGCAAAGCUCGCAUGAGCAUGGAAAACUGAAAGCGAGACGCAAUAAUUCAUGAAAGAGGAGCAGAAAGAUAGAGCAGCGAAGGAGGACAGCGCGAAGCGACAGCGAGCCGGUGAUGCGGGAAGACUGAUGGCCUGGAUCUAUAAAACGCUGUUUUUGCAGCGUGCUGGACGCUGCUUUGGAGUAGAUUAGGGGCAAUGUGUCCUAAUGAAUGUUAGUUAAAAUGCCGAACUCUGGAGCCUUGCUUCGUUUGUAGAACUUUAACACGUAUAUUGUGUUUAUUAAUAAUGUUUUUAAAGUUGGGCUUAUUUUUCCUUUUAGAUCCAACCCAUCUUAGCGCCCUGACGUGCGUGCUGUAUAUUACACUUAGGUGGUAGGGCAGAGUAAAGACCUUUAUUAGGCGCACUUACAGUAUUAAGCAUUUGAAUGAUGGCUCACGAUCAUUCUGACAGCAGCAGCGACGUAACGACAAUCACUGAAGCAAAGAGGAAUCCAAAGCUUACAGACUGCAAUGGCUGCGUAAAAACAUGUGUCAUCCUCCUUUCUCAGGACGCCCAGAGCGGCUCGUGGCCCAGACUCCUGCUCGCUAAGAUAUGGAGUCCCAACAGAUUGUCCUCGGCGGUGUGCGUGGUGUCUCUCUCCGUUUUCCUGGGACUGGUGGUAAAACGCGUUGACUGGGAAGCCGAGCUGAGCGGCAGCAGUGAGAGCAGACAGUCUGGCUCUUCUGCUCAUUCCGUGUCAAACUGCGCCGGGGAGCUGCUGCUGACUUGGUGGCAUUUGCUUUCCCCCGUCUCCACCUUCCUGUGUGCCUUCUUCUGGGUCGGCUUGUAUCUGAUCCGCUGCGGAGUCCUCAUAAAAACUUCUGUCUUUCUGCUGACCGUUUACCAUCUGGGCGAAGCAGCGGCGCAGUGUCUCGUUGACGGGACGGAUGACCGGCUGCUCUACUUCACGGCGAUCGCGGUGCUGCUCGCCUGCUUGGCAAGCGGGUCAUUCAUGGUGCUGAGACUCCAGCGAGGACUUUCCGUCGUCGUCCUCAUCAGCGUGGUCAGGACAGUCUCCCUGAUCUCCCUGAAUAAAGUUCAGGCCAGCUGGAGACCGUACUUGGCGUACCUGGUCGGGGUGCUGGGCAUCCUGCUGGCGAGGCAUGCUCAAAGCCUCCUGCCGACCGAAGGUAUCCGCAAGGAGGGCUGUACCUCCAUGACCGUAGCGGCGGAAGAUACCCCCGCAUUUAAAAGGCGAAGGAGGUCCAGCUCCGUAAUAUCCUCAGACAUGGCAGAGAGACCGUCCAACAGCAAGUCGCACAGGAGGACAUCGCUGCCAUGCCUUCAGAGGGACCAGACGCUGUGCCAGUCAGAGUGGGAGCACAAGCGAGGCGCCCGGGGGUCACAGUCCUCAGGCACCAGCGUGAUGGUGGACAUCGCGGUGAUGGGUGAGGCCCACGGGCUCAUCACGGACCUCCUGGCGGACCCCUCGCUGCCGCCACACACCUGCAGCUCCCUGCGCGCCGUCAGCAACCUGCUGAGCACCCAGCUCACCUUCCAGCCCCUCCCCCGGCCCCGCCUCAACCCGCCCGUCCCUCCAAGUGAUGCCUCUGCCUGCUCUGACUCAGAGGAGGGUUCUGAGAGGGGCGAGAAACUGGUCACCCCCAAGCGCCUAAGACGUAGCCUUCCCUGCGGGCUGCUGAGGAGAGUGUCGUCCACGUGGACCACCACCACCUCGGCCACAGGCCUGCCUACCAUGGAACCGGGCCCUGUGCGACGAGACCGCAGUGCCAACACCAAGGCUGUCCAUGAGGCCGCGCCCUGCAGUCAGGUCAGUGACCUGUGGAACAGCUCAGCCGUGCUGACCAUGACCAAGGGCAGGAACAUGUCUGCCUCCUACACAACAGGGGGCGCCACAAACCACCUCACCUCCAAAUGGCCAAACAGACCAGGUUGCCCGUCCUCCUUCACUUCGCCUCUGGUGUCCCCUUGCCAGUCCCCCCUCCAGGGCAGCCCUGCCACCACUCCCACCAGCAAAGUCUCCUCUGUGGACCUCGACGACCCGGUGUACUCGCUGGGCGACUAUGUUCCCAGGGUGGACGCCCACAGAGCCUUAAUCCACACCCAGAGCGCCCCUGCAAGCUCAGACUCCUGGUCUGCCAUGGGGCUGCUCUGCAGCAGCUGUGGAAGACCUUACAGUACACUAAGCCAUGUACAGGCCACCAUCGACAGGAGCGACGAGGUGCGCGGGACGGAUCCAGCCAUCACAUCAUCAGACUACGACAGCACGCACGAGACCAACAACAGUGACAGCAGCGACUUUGCCCAGAACGAGGAGGACAGAGGGCAUGCCAGAAAGCCAGAUGGACCGAGAGAGGGCCACUCGCCGUAUCGGCCAGAAAGCAUCCUGUUGCACUCCUUACUACCUGCAGAGGACAAGGCCAUUCUGGCACCGGAGCCCCUGGUGAUGAAGGAGCUGGACCCGCUUAUGAGUCAGCUGGACAACUGGAACUUUCCCAUCUUCCAUCUGGUGGAGAAGACCCACGGCAAGUGUGGCUGCAUCCUCAGUCAGGUCUCCUUCCGGCUGUUUGAGGACACCGGACUUUUCAACACCUUCAAGAUCCCCCUGCAGGAAUUCAUGAACUACUUUCACGCACUGGAGAGCGGUUACAGAGACAUACCAUAUCACAACAGAAUCCAUGCCACAGAUGUGCUGCACGCAGUCUGGUACCUCACCACGCAGGUAGUGCCUGGCCUGCCGCGUCUCAGCGACCAUGGCUCGGCCAGUGACUCCGACUCAGACAGCGGCAUCACGCACAGCCGUGCAGGCUUUGUGUUUUCCAAGACGUACGCUGCAUCGGAGGACGGCUACGGCUGCCUGUCGGGCCUCAUCCCAGCCCUGGAGCUCAUGGCGCUGUACGUGGCGGCCGCCAUGCACGACUACGACCACCCCGGGAGGACCAACGCCUUCUUGGUGGCCACUGGUGCCAGUCAGGCGGUGUUAUAUAAUGACCGCUCAGUGCUGGAGAAUCACCACGCCGCCUCGGCCUGGAGCCUCUUCAUGUCCCAUCCAGAGUACAACUUCCUGGUCAACCUGGACCACGUGGAGUUCAAGCGCUUUCGCUUCCUGGUCAUCGAGGCCAUCCUCGCCACCGACCUGAAGAAGCACUUUGACUUCCUGGCCGAGUUCAACGCUAAGGUGGGCGAUGAUGUGAGCUCGGGCAUCGACUGGUCCAAUGAGAACGACCGGCUGCUGGUCUGCCAGAUGUGCAUCAAGCUGGCCGACAUCAAUGGGCCACUCAAGAGCAAAGAGCUGCACCUGCAGUGGACCCAGGGCAUCGUUAAUGAGUUCUACGAGCAGGGGGACGAGGAGACCAGCCUGGGCCUUCCCAUCAGCCCCUUCAUGGACCGCUCCGCACCCCAGCUGGCCAAGCUGCAGGAGUCCUUCAUCACCCACAUCGUGGGGCCCCUGUGUCACUCCUAUGACUCAGCUGCCCUCCUGCCUGGCCACUGGGUGGAGCCGGCCGAGGGGGAAGAGGAGCAGGAGGAAGGGGAGAGAGACGCUGAGGGAAGCUGGGAGGAUGAUCUGCCUGAGGAGGACGCUUCCAGCGGCUCAGAAGCAUCCCAGAAGCGAACCCCAAAGAAAAAAGAAAAGAAGAGACGGAAAGUCUUCUGUCAAAUCUCUCAGCACCUCCUGGAGAACCAUGAGAUGUGGAAGAAGGUGAUCGCGGAGGAGGAAGCCCAGCGGCAGGCGUCGGCGGAGGAGUUGGGGCACCAUGGCAGCUCCACGGGGCCAAUCCUGGCCAUCCACAAGGAGGAGGAGGACCUAGUGGGCAGGGCGGAGCCAUCCAGAGGCCAGGAGGUGCUGGAAGGAACUGGGGAGGAGAGUACAGAGCCAUCAUGCGAGACUGUAGAAGCACAUGAGAAUGACCCAGAGUGAGGACACGUUCUGAAGAAGGGCAUGAAGAAAAGCCCCUUUGGCAAGAGCCAAAACAUUGGUGUUUUUUCUUAUUUUUAAUGAAAAAAGACUUUGAUAUUAUAUUGCCAGCACAUCACCUAGACACAACACUGUAGAAGCUGCGGGGAACAUGUGCCUGAAGAAAAGUGUGUGGGGGUGGGGUCUUUAUUGGGGGGGGCGUCUGGGAUUCUGAGGUUCUACACACAAAUCUUUAAGGUCAGGUCCUGGUUCAGAGAACUCCAUUUGAAGAACCUUCCUUCUGGCAAUACAGGAUCACACUGCCUUUUGGGGUGGAAAAGAAUCACCUCUGGGUGUUAUUACCCGGCCCAUUUUCUACGAGGAACGGUGGAAAGCAACAGCAUUUCAUGGUCAGGCCUUCCUGAGUAUGUCCACAGCUCUCUGGAUUUGUCAACUGAUCGCCGAGAGAGUGAAGGGGCAAGGGGGGAAGUACUACUGGUUUGAAAAGCUUUAUCUGAAUAUAUGGAAACUCACUCAGUUCACUGUUGCUUGGACAGUUUCCAUGUGUCCCUUCAUUUGUUCUCAUCCUUGCACUUUCACAUGUCAUUUCCUGCAUUUCUUUCUGCCCAUAAUGCUUCAGCUUAUUGUUAAAUUUAUUUCACCAUAUUUUCCUUCUUAUGAUAAAAGGUGGAUUGUUCUUUUGAGAUAUUUCUCAUUUCCCAUUUCUCCAAAGCUUUUUUGAUGGGUUUUUUUUUUUUUUGCCAAAAAUUCCAAGUUUUCUCAAAGCUUUGUUGACUGUAGGCCUGGACAUCCCUUGUCCAAAUUCAGAUUGCAACACAUCAAGCUUCGUUCCCAGUGUGUGUCCCGUUUUAUUUUUCACUAUGAAACCAGGCCGCCGGUUGAUCAUUUUCUAUCCAAGCGUGUCUGUUUGAGCAGGGCGUUGGAGAAGUGCCCUCAAAACAGAUUCAAAGGAGAAAUCCCCCAAUGAUGACUUAAAAGCCAGAUGGUAAUUCUGCCCUCAUUUUCUCCUGAGAAUCACAAGGCGUAAUCCACCACCAAUGUUGGAAAUGUAAGUUCAGUAAAUCUUCUCAUCAUGGAGCCCUAGUAAUAAUUAUAUAUAGCAAUGUUCUCAUAGCCAGAAAAUAACCUGUCAAAAUGACACUCCAAACAGAGCCUUCCCUUGCUUCUUCUAAUAUUAUAAUCCUUUAAGCUUUUUUAAAAAAAAAAAUGAAUGGAAUUUGCCAAGACCUACUGACAGCGUGGUUUAUAAGUAACCUUCUCCAAGUACAUCAUACUCCUCCUUCAUCUGCUCACAAGGCCAUAUGAUCAUUUUCAGUGUAAAGAAGGUCAUCACAGCGUGCCAGGGGGGUGUGGGGGGAGGGGCAGGACUGGCGAGGACGUAGGAAGCUCCCCUGAUGAGUGGUGAGGUCAAUCCAGCAAAGCAGCUGCUCUCUGUAGCUCCAGCAUCAUGUCCCUGACACCGUUGUAAUCGCACUGCAAUUCAUUCAGGAGGAAAGGCGCCUUCUAACUUGCAUUUUCCUAAUGAGGAGCUGAGUCUUUCUCUUAAAUGUAAUAAGGAAUUGUCCGUGUGCCAAAACAUUUGUGACCUACAAUUUCUCUUGAAAGCAAUACUAUGUUUCCCCUCAUGUGUUGUACUCUCAGGGUUUUGGGCGUAAAUGGAAAGUCGUCAUCCAUUCUGAAUAAGUAUUACUUUUCCAGGAGUAUAGGAGUCCACUUGCGAGUACCAAAAAUGUACAGCUGAUUACGCUUAAGCUUAGUAACCAUAGGGAGUCUUUAGCAGCUGAUCUGAGUUUCAGCGUUUUAGCUGAUAUGUUGAACGUAAUAGGAGCCAUUUUUGUGGUCUUGUGAUUGGUUGGAGGGUUGAUGAAUGUACCUGUAGCAGGGCUAGACCUGUGUCUUAGUUGCACCAUUAUUAAUAUCUGAACAUAUUCUAGAUUAGUGCUGUUUUUUGAGAUUGUGCAGCUGACAUAUACUAGACUCUGGAUAUUUGCCAUUGGGUUGCAAGUGUCAAGCAUAAGUCCUAACAUGUCACCUGAAAGUUUCCCACCUGUGGACAAUAGCUUUUCAUAUAACCAUCUACAAGGCUUGCAUAUAUCAUUGGGUGUCUGUAUUCAACUUCACUAUACUCAAUCUGGCCAUACUUGUCUAAUGCUCACUCCCAAUAUGGCUCAUUUCUGCAGAUAUUCCUUCAAUACCUGUCAUCCAGAAGUCCGAUGUCCAUUUCCAGUUGGCCACUUUGGAUGUCUCCCUUAAGGGAGUCUGUGUCCUUCCCUUUCUCCUGUAUUCCAAAGCCUCCAUGGAGCUUUUCCUUAGAGUAUUUCAGUAGAUCUUACUGAAGCUGGCUUCAAUAGGGCACGAUGAGCAGGUGUAGACGCGUUUGACAGUGACAGGAUCCUUAACGUGCCAUUUGACAGCCUGGGAUCAGGGUCAGACAAUAAGUGUUGUUCCUUGUGGUUUGCUGGUGUGGAGCCCAGAGGCCCUCGGCCGUAUCGCGAGCACGUAGGGGGUGGGGGGUGCUUAUUGCCAGGCACUGUGGGGACACUGUGUCUCCGCAUGACCGUUCGCUUCAUUAUGAUGUUCUAAGGGUGGGGAUUAGUUAGGGAAGAAUAUUACUCACCAGUCAGCCAGGUUACAGUGCAGCUGUCUGCCGGCAGCCCAGCGCGUAGGGCAGGCCUCGUCCUCCCUCCAUGUGUUUCUCAGAGUAGUUUGUGUUCUGAGGCCUCGUGUGUUAUAGCUUGGUCUCUUCAGCUAUGGUAGUAUCUCAGUCUAGAAGCCAGCAGUCUGGCUGGGGGGGUGGCUUUGAUGAAGGAGGUUAUAUUUACAAUUCGUCUAGGUUACUAUGCCUUCAGUCCUCCAUGAACGCUGCUUGACAACAUUUAGUCUGCUUUCCCUAUAGCUUUUUUUUUUUUUAAUUUUUGAUACAUUUCUUGUGGCCAUAUUAUGCAUAUAUAAGUCCAUGCGGUUUCUGCCUGAUCUCUUACAGGGGCAGAGUUCCUUAGAUCCACAUCGCUUUCAUUCUCUUUGAUUUCUUUCACCCACGGCUCCCCUGUGCUGCAUGCUCUCAUUUGGGAAAUCCUGAAGGACCUCAAAGGGGUUUCUCUUUGGUGUGCGCUGGCUUGAUCCUCUUCAGCGUUAAUUAGGUUCCACAGAUUGACAAUGAGGAAUGGCGCCCCCUAUCUGGAGCCCCCUGCCAGCCCUAUACAUUAAAAGCAAAGAAAGCUAAUGAAGUGGUAUUAACCUGCAACCCAAACACUGGAGAUAUGGCUUUAAUACGGCUUUAUCACUGCUUUGUUAUGUUAUGAGUCCAGGUGUUUGUUGUCAUGACAACUUGUAUUGUCAUCCAGAGUGCCUAAGAAUAGGAAUCUGAUCAUAAGAAAAAAAUCCCCUUUUUACAUCAGUUUCUGCCAACAUAUAUUCAAAAAUAACUACAUUUGUUGAUUAAAUCUCUCUCACUAUUAUACCUUUGUUAGAAUAUGGAAUAUAGUGUUAAAAUGUUAUUAUUGUGAUUUAUUCUGUUUAGAACUGAGAUUUGGAUAAAAAUUCAAACUCAGAUCUAAGAUAAAAACCCAUUUUGUGUAGACAUAAGACAGUCUUCUCCAGCCUUUGCUUGUCAGCAACGUGAGAUAGACGCUUCCCCUGUGCAAUUCCCUGUGAGAUUGUGCAGCACCUGUGCACCGUCCUGACGUCCACACAGUGGACUCUCAGCUUCAGCUAGUCCCGCGUCCCACUCUUCGUAUGAGGACCUCUCUUCCAGCGCUUCCAGCGCAAAUGUGCUUUGCCAGCUCCCACACCUCACGUGAGCCGGACACUAAGGCUAGUGGUCACAUGUUAGCAGCCAGUAAAUUAGGCUUGGUGCUGUUUCUUCAUUCUUCAUACAUUCCUUUCCGAGUAUCAGGUCCUGGUCUGGCUGUGGAGCAGAACUUAUGUGACUGUUGUUGACAAGGACAGUCAUUCAUUAGUUAAAGGGUGAUUCUAGUCAUUUUUUUGGACUCUAUUUCGUAUGGACAUUGUCAUGGUCAUUGACGAUUGUUUGCUCAAAGCCGUACCUGGUAUGGUCUUCUGAAAUCUCAUGUGGAGGCUUGCCACUUAACACAGAGGAAUUCCAGUUGCCAUGGUUUCACACUCAUCUUUAAUUAUUCAUAUAUUCUAUGAAUGCCUGACCCUCACACAUAUUCUACUAAUACCAAUAAUCAGCGGGACCAAUCCCAUGGUUUCAUUUUGUAAGACCUACCAAGCAUCAUUUGUGUCAUAGCGCUGAGCCAGUCCACACAAUAGAGGCAUUUGUGGCCACAGACUAGAGAUUAUGAUCUCCUCUCUGAACUUCUCAUAUGAUCUGUCUCCAUAUAAACGUCAUAUCUGCCAGCCAAGUCACAGCCAUCGCUGUUAAGCUGUCGUAUAUCUCUUCUGUUUUGAUUUUUAUGCGAGUUCCAUAAUCAUUGCGCAUAUUAUUAACUAGAAGAACCAAACAAGUGUCACAGCUGUGUAAACGAGACUUGUAUUUUUAUAUAGUCGGCACUCCACGGACUGAAUAAUCAUUUUCUUCUCACUAGUAUAUUGCACUUAAGACAUGUAGCAAUACAUAAAAGGAGAAAAUUAAUUCACUAGUAUUUGUUAAGUGAAAUAUUCAGUUUAUUGCUGGUUUAUGUUCCAUUUUGUACAAAACAUAUGCUGUACAGAUAAAAAACUUAAAAUGAUAAAAAGUGUUUUAGAUAAACAUUAUUUAUUUUUACCGUUUUUGUAAUUUAGACACUAAUACUGUAGCUACUUUAUUACCAGAAUUACUGGAAGUGCCUCUUGAUAUAUUUGGUAUAAAUAUGUAUUGAGGUUAUUAGAACUUAUUUGUCACAAACUGAACAGUGUGGAUGUUGUGAUGUGAAUACAGAUGAAUAACAUGAAAUUAAUUCUGUGGUA